AUUUUGAGUGCAAAAAGAGUAUAUAUCUUUAUAACACAGCUGCCUCAGCAGUAAAAAAAGAAUAAAGUUGAAUCAAUAGAUUUUUAUUCUAAGAUUUGUUCUUUAUAGUUGAAUUUCUUAUGUUGUUUAUUUAUUCUCUUUUUUAUCAGUUUCUAAUUAUAUUCGAUUCAUUUCGAAUGCAGAAAGAGUGAAUAGUAUAUCUACAAAGAACCAAAUGCCAGCGCCAAAUUUCAGUCAGUGUUGUGCAUCGUGUGUCGAGUAUGACUCCGUUAUGAUGGAAUGUCAGUUUCUUUUCUUUUCAAUUAAAAUUUUAUUUGUUUAAUGAUAAUCAUAGUUCGGAUUGUGAAAGUGAUGGUGCAGUACUCGGUGGCAUCGAGUUAUUUAUCCUAAUUUCAAAAUUCUUGAUUUAUAAUGUGGCCGAUAGAAUACGUCGAAUUGAAGCGUAUCGAUGAGUUAUUGCAAUGUGGAAUAUGUUAUGAUUACAUGGACACUAGUGUAAUAACCUCCUGCUCUCAUAGUUAUUGUUCCUUGUGCAUUAGAAAGUAUCUGCAUUACAAGACCCAAUGUCCAAUUUGUUAUGAGGAAACCUUUGAGAAAGAUUUGAGAAAGAACAAACUUCUGGAUGAGAUUAUUGUUUGUUAUUUAGAUUUUAAAGACAAACAUGGCAAGAAAUUAUAUCAGGAAAAACUGAUGACUGCAAAACAUGAAGACUCUGAAAUUAUGUGUUCCACUAGUACAAAUAGUACUAAAUGUAAAAACGAAGUUUUUGAUAUAAAUGAGAUAUCGCCCAAAAGGCUUGAUAGUCCAAUACUUAAGAUUGGUAAUACUACACCUCAUAGACAAAAGGAUUUUCAGCCAGAUAUAUCCACUCCUAGCACCAGUACAGAAUUUAGAAUACCUUUGAUGUUUACACCAAAGAGCAGAAAAGAUUUUCAAAAGGGAGAGGAUCGUCAGAUAGUUACAUGUCCAGUAUGCAAAGUAGAAGUAUCUCAAAAUAAUAUAAAUAGACAUUUGGAUGACUGUUUAAAAAGAGAGAAUGCUAAGGAUCAACCUAAAAUAAGUGCACAAAAACGUAAGCCAUUGCCAAAGUUAGUAUUAAGUUUAAUGAAAGAUAAUGUGAUACGAAAAAGAUUAAAAGAAUUAGGUUUAUCAUCUCAAGGAGACAGAAAGACUUUAGAAAAUAGACUGCAAAGAUAUAUGAUUCUUUAUAAUGCAGAAUGUGAUAAAACAAAUCCAAGAUCUGUAUCAGAAUUGAUUAAACAGUGUGAAGAAGAAGAAAAUUUGGAGAAGAAAGUACAGAAACCGUCAAAUAAAUUGAAUGUAAACAAAAAUACCGAACAUAAUAUUAUAGAGCAACAGAGAAAAAAGUAUUUAGCUACAAAUAAAGAAAGUUUUGACCAAUUAAUUGCAAAAGUAAAACAUAGAAAUAGUUCACAAAAGAUGUCUGCCAGGCGCAACAUUUUAAAUAAAAAGGAUAAAAAGGAUUCUGAUAUUUCAUAUAAUGAUGAUGCUAUAGAAAAGAAUUCAACAAUUGGAAAUGGCCAGAAAAAUGAUUUUUUGCCACUAAAUUCUAUGAAUAUUGAAGAUUCGGAUUCGAAUAUAUCUUAUUCUUUGCAAAUAAAUCCCAUGAAUUUUUUGACAACAGAAUUGGCUUCUUCGUCUAAUGAUUCUAUUGAUCAAUGUGCUUCCAAUGAUGAUACUUCAAAUCGUUUAUAUGAAACUAAUUCAAUUUCGUUUAAUUCUAUUAUACCAACGGAAAAUAUAAAAAUUGAUAAACCAUCCUUUGAAAAUACAUUAGUUUCUGAAGAAAUGGCUUCUAGUAAUUCAUCAAGACAGUACAAUGUUUCGGAGGAUGAAAUGGACGUUGACAACAAAAAGUCAGUUUUUGAACUUUUCAAAAUUGCAGAGAAGAAGAUAGAACAAACUAAAUUGUCUGUUAAGAGGAAUGAAAAUGCCACAAAACAUAGCCCAAACAAAUACAUUGCAUACUCUAAAAAUGAGUGGCAGAGAGAAUUGCGCGAUGAAGAUUUAAUUGAAGAAGAUACUGAGCAUUUUGUGAAAGCAAAUGACAAUAUUGAUUUUCAAGAUAAUUUUGGGAAAUCAUAUCACGAACAGUUAAAUAAGAAAGAAGAAUAUGCUUCCGGUAGCACAAAAUUCGAAAAAGAAAAUAUGAAGGCAUUGUAUAAAAAUCUAGCAGUUUAUACUCCUCGAAAACGGGAGCGUGAUAUAGCAUUCGCAUUAAGUGGCGAAGAAAAAAUUGGAGAUAAAAUGAUGAAUUCUAAGAAAUCAUUCCGUCUUAGCCUCUGUGAAGCUAAGGGAUUUAACAAUGAAAAUAUCAGCGAAGUAAUACAAGACGAAGAAAAAUUGCAAAGCGAGAAAGUACAGUCGCAGGUAAUUCACACAAAAAAUAUUCACAAUGUUGAGAGAAAAUCUGUUAGAUUAAAAAAUAAAAUUAGUAAAAUUAGUAAUUAGUAAUUAAAUGAUAUAAAAAAAUUAAAAAUAUAAGUUCACGCAGGAAUAAUUGAAUCAUUGAAAGAAAUAAAAAAAGUUUUAUAUAUAUUUUAUUAAUCAUUAUAUAAGAAAUACUAGACUAAAAGCAAAUCUUUUGUAUAUUUAAUUGUUGUACAUAUCUUUGUGUCUAUAGUGCCUUGAAUGUAAAAAGAUGCAUAUUAUUUAUUUUUAAGGCAUAACAAAAA